CCAUCUGAAUAAGUUGAUAAGAAUCUAAAGAUUAAGAAACGACACUCUUUCUCACUCACUCUCUCGUUCUCUCUUUCUUUGAUAUUAUUAUUAUUAUUAUUAUGGGUUUCAGCGAGAAGCAAGAAAGCUUAGUCAAGGAGUCAUGGGAGGCUAUGAAGCUCGACAUUCCUCACCACAGUCUUCGAUUUUUCUCCUUGAUACUUGAGAUUGCACCGGCGGCCAAGAACAUGUUCUCAUUUCUCAGAGAUUCCGAUGAAGUACCACAAAAUAAUCCCAAACUCAAGGCUCAUGCAGUUAAAGUUUUCAAGAUGACAUGUGAGGCAGCCAUUCAGCUUCGGGAGAAGGGAGAGGUAGUAGUCCCUGAUUCGAGUUUAAAGCACUUGGGUUCUGUUCAUCUCAAGAAUGGAGUCAUCUCUCCCCAUUUCGAGGUGGUGAAAGAAGCACUGCUGAGAACAAUCCAAGAAGGACUUGGAGAAAAAUGGAACGAGGAGAUUGGUUCUUCCUGGGGAGAAGCCUAUGAUCAAUUGGCUGCAGCUAUCAAGAAUGAGAUGAAGCAGUAAUUUGUUUUUAAUUAAACUAUUAAUUAAUUAUGUUGGUUUUAUUUUUUACUUUUUAAAUAAUAAAAACUUUUAUAAUUAAAAUGCUUCAUCUGUUUGUGGGCAAUGUCUCAGCAUGAAUAUCAGUUUCAUGAAAUGAAACUAUAUAUGUAACUAUUGAAAUAAUAAUGUCAUUUAUAAUAUGUCUUUAAGUGAGUCUA